GCAUGCAGACCAAGCACACUGCUGAGCAACAUGUUUUGCUGGGAGAUGCCUUCCACUGAUUUUUAUCAGCUCUGCCUUUUUGCAUGCACGCAUUAGCAAUUUGUAACUUUAAUUACUUGAUAUUACGUACAUUUCUGGAUAUAUGUUUUUUAAUUGGAGGACUGAAGCUGCAGCUUGAAGGUGGAUGGGGACAAAAGGAUGGACAGACCUCUGAGCUGUUUGGAGGUUUGCUUCACUGAAAUGCUGAAAUCUCUGUGAGCGCCCUGGACAUCACCAUGGACCAGCUGAGAAUCAGAUUGUUUUGUGUGAUUUUGUGGUUCUGGAUCCAAACAGCAUGGUCUCAAACACACGAAGUGUGUCCUGGUACCCAGAACGGCCUGAGCUCCACCGGCUCUCAGGAGAAUCAGUACAAUCUGAUUAAGGACCGGUAUGACAGCUGUGAGAUCAUCAUGGGAAACCUGGAGAUCACUCAGAUUGAGAGUAACUGGGACUUCUCCUUCCUCAAGACAAUCAGAGAAGUGACUGGUUAUGUCCUCAUCGCGAUGAACCACUUCCAGGAGAUUCCCUUGGGACAGCUGCGGGUCAUCAGAGGGAACAGCCUGUAUGAACGACGCUUUGCGCUCUCUGUUUUCUUCAACUACCCCAAGGAUGGCUCCAACGGCCUUCGGCAGCUAGGGCUGGCAAAUCUGACAGAGAUUCUGGAUGGAGGAGUGCAGAUUAUUAAUAACAAAUACCUGAGUUAUGGCCCAUGGAUUUUCUGGCAGGAUAUCGUACGGGACAACAGCGCUCCUAUUGACAUCCAGCAGAACGGGGAGAGAGGUCCAUGCCACAAGUCUUGUGGAGAUUACUGCUGGGGGCCAAAUAAGGACCAGUGUCAGAUCUUGACUAAGAUGGUGUGUGCUGCACAGUGUAAUGGACGCUGCUUUGGGACGAGCCCCAGGGACUGCUGUCACACAGAGUGUGCAGCGGGAUGCAAGGGCCCUCUGGAUGGGGACUGCUUUGCAUGUCGCCAUUUCAAUGACUCCGGAGCCUGUGUUCCUCAAUGUCCCCAAACACUCAUCUAUAACAAGCAGACAUUUCAAAUGGAGACCAAUCCAAAUGCCAAGUACCAAUAUGGAUCCAUCUGUGUUUCUCAGUGUCCCACUCAUUUUGUGGUGGAUGGCAGCUCCUGUGUGAGUGUCUGUCCUCUGGACAAGACGGAGGUAGAAAGAGAAGGCCAGAGGCAGUGUGAGACCUGCAGUGGACUCUGCCCAAAAGUGUGCGAAGGAACCGGUGAUGAGCACAGACAGACCGUGGACUCCAGCAACAUCGACAGCUUCAUCAACUGCACGAAGAUCCAAGGCAGCCUUCACUUCCUGGUCACGGGGAUCCUUGGAGAUGACUUUAAAAGAAUUCCACCCCUCGAUGCCAAAAAGUUAGACGUGUUCCGCACCGUGAGGGAGAUAACAGAUAUUCUGAACAUCCAGUCAUGGCCCAAAGAGCUGAAUGACCUGUCGGUUUUUUCGAGCCUCACUACGAUUCAAGGAAGGUCGCUUUACAAGCGCUUCUCUCUGAUGGUGAUGCACAUCCCUGCUCUGACCUCACUCGGCCUGCGAUCUCUCCAGGAAAUCAGCGACGGCAGCGUGUACAUCAGUCAGAAUGCCAACCUCUGUUACCACCACACUGUCAACUGGACGCAGCUGUUCCGAGGUCGCAGGGUUCAGGACAACAUCCUCAGCAGCAACAAGAAGCUGGUGGAGUGCGUUGCAGAGGGACGAGUGUGCGACCCGUUGUGCUCUGAUUCAGGUUGCUGGGGCCCUGGACCCGACCAGUGUCUCUCCUGCAGGAACUACAGUCGUGGUGGCACAUGUGUGGAUAGCUGUAACUUUGGAUCUGGAGCUCCGAGGGAAUUUGCGAGGUCCGAUGGAGAGUGUGUUGCUUGUCAUCCAGAAUGCAAACCUCAAAGAAGACAAGUCAGCUGCACAGGACCGGGGGCAGAUGAAUGCAAAGCAUGUGCCAAUCUUCAGGACGGUCCUUACUGCAUGUCCUCCUGUCCCAGUGGAGUGAAUGAUGGACAGAAAGGACUGAUUUUCAAAUAUCCCAGCAAGGAGGGUCACUGUGAGCCAUGUCACCACAACUGCACGCAGGGAUGCUUCGGCCCAGGGUUAAAUGACUGUUUGGAGGCGGUGAGGAUGACAGUCAGCAGUGGUCAGAUCACCUGUAUAGUGUUAGGGGUCCCGGCGGCACUGAUUAUCUGCCUGGCGUUGUUUUUCCUGGGAGUGUUGUACCACAGAGGCCUCGCCAUCCGUCACAAGAGAGCCAUGAGGCGCUACCUGGAAAGUGGAGAGAGCUUUGAGCCUCUGGGUCCAGGAGAAAAAGGCACCAAAGUUCAUGCUCGUAUUCUGAAGCCCUCCGAGCUGAAAAAGAUCAAACUCCUCGGUUUUGGGGUUUUUGGCACAGUGCACAAGGGCUUUUGGACUCCAGAGGGAGAGACAGUGAAGAUCCCCGUGGCCAUUAAGACCAUCCAAGACAGCUCAGGUCGACAGACCUUCACUGAGAUCACUGAUCAUAUGUUGUCCAUGGGCAGCAUGGACCAUCCCUACAUUGUUAGGUUGCUGGGAAUCUGCCCUGGAACGACUCUGCAGCUGGUGACCCAGCUCAGUUCUUAUGGUUCCUUACUAGAGCACAUCAGACAGCACAAGAACAACCUCGACCCUCAGCGCCUCCUCAACUGGUGUGUGCAGAUUGCUAAGGGUAUGUUUUAUCUGGAGGAACACUGCAUAGUCCACAGGAAUCUGGCUGCCCGUAACGUUCUGCUGAAGAACGACUAUCAGGUCCAGAUCUCGGACUACGGUGUGGCAGAUCUCCUUUAUCCAGACGAUAAGAAAUAUGUCUACUCAGACACAAAGACGCCUAUAAAAUGGAUGGCACUAGAAAGCAUCUUGUUCCGAAGAUACACUCAUCAAAGUGAUGUUUGGAGUUACGGGGUGACGGUGUGGGAGAUGAUGUCAUUCGGGGCGGAGCCAUACGUGUCUGUGCAGCCUCAGGACGUGCCGAGCGUUCUGGAGAAGGGCGAACGUCUCUCACAGCCCCACAUCUGCACCAUCGACGUUUACAUGGUCAUGGUUAAAUGCUGGAUGAUUGAUGAAAAUAUAAGGCCAACCUUCAAAGAGCUGGCCAGUGACUUUACCCGGAUGGCAAGAGACCCACUGAGAUACCUUGUUAUCAAGCAGGAAGGAGACGAUGCCGUACCCGGGGAAAUCCAUCGCAGAGAGUCCGAACGAGGACUCCUGGAUGCAGAUUUGGAGGACCCAGAUGAGYUGGGGCUAGAUGACGGUUUGGCGACACCUCCUCUUCAGCACUCUCCAUCCUGGAGUCUGUCACYUUCACGGAUUAAUUCAUACAGGAGCGGCACAUCUCAGACUGGGCCGGUCGGAUACCUGACGAUGACUCCGAGUCCCGUGGAUAGCAUCCGCCAGCUGUGGUUUCGCAGGUCUCGUCUGAGCUCGGUGCGGACGCUGCCUGAGAGGUCAGAGUUCAGAGCGGGUGUCAGGGAAGCAGAGGUGCGCGAGGAGGGCUUACAAACCAGAAGCCUUCACCGGAGCAGGCUGGGCUCAGAGAAGAGUCAUCCCCGUGCAGCCAGCAGCCGACCCAGGAAGCUGUCCACAGCCUCGAGUCCYUCCUCGUACAAGGUGUGGACGGCAGAGGAAGAGGAAGAGUUGGAUCACUAUGGCUACGUUCUGCCUGGGUCACCUGGAACACCCGAAAGAGCCUCCAGAAUAUCUCGAUCUGGCAAAAGAAACACAAGCCAGAAGAAUAAUCUUAGACUCAUGCUGUCAACCCCCUCCCAGGAAUAUGAAACUAUGAACACAGAGUCAAACGUUCCUACAUGCUCCCCGCUAUUGCAAGGAGACGACACACUAAUCGCAUUUUGUCAUAAAGUCACACCUCUACCUUCUCCGACUCUCAUGGAUUUGUCACUCACAGAAAACCCACAACAGACUCCAAUCUGUGCUGAUCACGAGGCUCGUGAAGGAGCUGCAGGAGAGCAAAGAGACUUGGCCGAGAAACAUCAGCUUAUCAGCGUCUGCACCGGUGCGAUCAAAGGUACGGAUGACCAAGCAGAGGUAGGCCAAGGGAUUGGCAGGUAUGAAUACAUGGAUAUCCGGCGCUCUGACUCUUCGGAGGGAGGCGACCCAGAGUUGCAAAGAAGUUGGAGUGAAACGUCUGUGAUAUCUGCAGCAGAGACGUGGGACACAGAAGAUGUAGUGGGAGUGGUGAGAGAAGAGCAAAAGGGGCAAGAGGCUGAAAAUCAUCACAACACAGAUGAAACGACCCCUCUGCAGGGGAGUCUGAGCAGUAUGCCUGGACCAGAUGUGCUGACAGCUGGAGGAGGAGAGSUGGAGGAGUACGAGGAGAUGACUGGAUUAGGAGAAGUGCCCGAUGGGUGGGGGCACACAGAAUACGAGAACCUCCCAGCGAAGGAGAGGGUUGCUCCCGAGGAGGUGGGCGGUGCCAGGUGCGCUUUGAUUGAGGAGUACAUCAAGGUGUGCGCUGGCGUGGGGGAGCCUGGCAGCAGCACAUCGUUUGACAACCCAGACUACUGGCACAGCCGGCUGUUCCUCAAGCCAGAUGCUGUUCGCACCUAAUAAGUCUGUCAGGGACAGAGACACAAACUCAAGUUUCUGUCAAAGUUUGUGGUUUUGUAAUGUUUUUCACCUACUUUCUGGGUUAUUUGUUUCCUCAAACAUUAAAAAAGUCUGAAUAUUAAACGUCACAUUUUUCAAACCAA